AUAUUAAUUUAUCGAGUUAUUUAAAUAAUUGCAAAAUUAUUACAGCAAAUGCUGUUCUAUGAAGUAUACAUAACGUGUGUCGUGUAUGCAGGCCCGGCUCAAGGGGUAGGCGAUAUAGGCCCACGCCUAGGGCGGCAUUUUUCAGGGGCGGCAUUUAACAUUUUUGUAUAAUAGAUAGUUUUUAAAAAGAUUCCUUAUUUAUAUCAAAUCGUGGGUAGUAAAAAAUAAAAAGUAAAAAUAUAAAAUUUGGUCAGUAUGAUCGGACAAAUAUAAAUGUACGCUUUUGGUCGACCGUCGACCGCAACAAGUUACGGUGUUCUCUUGAGUCUUGACGGUUUUUAAUCGGUUCCGUGAAUCAGUCUUUUAUCUGGCCCCGAUAACGCGUUUUGUUGUUUUCAAUAUUACUCUUCCACAAAACGCACUGUUGACGAAUAUUAUUGACUAUAAAUAGGUCCCGAAUACCGAUCGACGAUUACAGAUAAGUUAAUAUUAAUGAUUUUAUUUUCUUUUGCCUGCCGACUUUCAUCAGACAUCAGUUGGCCAUACAAUAAAUUUACAAAUUACAGGUAUCUAUUCUUAUAAAUUAUAAAAAUUUAACAUCAAAUUUUUUUAUGUUAUUUAAAUUUAAAAUAAUUAUCUUUAUGGAUUAUGAUACACAUUUUUGUACGGAAAUUAUUAUUUAUUAAGUUUAUUUAUCAAUUUAAAUCGAUAUUAUGACGUAUAAAUCAAUAUCGUACUAUUGUACUAAACGAUUUCUACUAAUAAUUUUGUCAUGGGAGAUGGGACGUUCUUCGGUUUUAUUAAAAUCUACCGCGUUUACACAUUCAAUAUUAUUUUAUUUUGUCCUGUUAAAUCGCAAUAAUUAUUUAUAAAAUAUAAUAUACAGCGAAAUCUCAACGGCUCUAACGUAUAUAUACCUCUAUAAGUCGAAUUUUCAAUGACUCAAGGAACCUAUCUUGGCCCCAAUUUUUUCUAUAACUUGAAUUUUUGAUAACUCAAUUUUUGUUUGUCCUAAUGACUCAACCGAUUUGAGUUAUUAUUUGUCUUAUUAAUGUGACCUAAUAUAUACCUAUAUAGGUGACGUAUAUAUUUUAUUAUAUAUUAAUUAUAUCCCUUCGUGAGUUGCGCGAUAUUUAUAACCUCAGUUGUCACGUGGAUUACAAAUAUAUAAUAAUAUUAUGUAUUAGUAAAAUGAAGGGAUCUAAUGAGUAAUGAUUAAAUUAUUUAAUUUAGGUACCUAUCUUAUUAUAUAAUAAUAAUUCAAGAAUGUCUAACUCAACUAACUCUGACGUGGGUAAUACUAAAAAGCGACACCGUUUUUCGGGAUCGGAGUAUAGAAAAAGACGUGCUGCGGCAGAAGCUGAAAUUGCCAAACAAUCCGGCUUAAUGCUUAAAUUUUUUAAAUCCAAACAUGAUGAUUCCGUUAAAUCUGAAGUUAUCGAUGAAGAUACUGAAGAUACAGAAGUUACAGAUUUUAACUUGGAAAACGAUAAUCCUGAUGACCAUUUAAAUUUAGAGGUUGAUAUUAUUAAGGAUAAUGAUGAUAUUGUUAAAUCUGAAGUUAACGAUAAAGAUGAAAGAUCUGAAGUUAACGAUAAAGAUGUAAGAUCUGAUGUUACAGAUUUAAAUUCAAAAAUGGACAAUUCAGAUGACAAUUUAAAUUUAGAUGUUGAAAUUAUUAAGGACCCUGCAAAGUGGCCUGUGAUAAAUGAUAGAAUUAAGUUACUAUUAGUCAAAAAUAAUCCCCUUCAAAUAAAUUUAAAUUAUUACCCAUUAGAUGAUUCUAAAAGAAAGUUUUCUAAUGUUCACUACUUUAAGACACUAUCUAAUGGAGAAAAGCUUAAUAGGACCUGGCUUAUUUAUUCAGAGUCAAGUGACUCAGUAUUUUGUUUUUGCUGCAAAUUAUUUAAAAAAGAUAUAUCUUCUCUCUCUAAGCAAGGUACCAGAGACUGGAAAAAUAUAUCUCAAAUACUACAACGGCAUGAAAACUCUCCAAAUCAUAAGAUUGCAUAUGAAGAUUGGAAAAUUCUUCAGACUCGAAUGAUGCAAGGAAAAACUAUCGACGAUGAAAAUCAAGCUUUAAUUCGUAAAGAAACAAAACACUGGAAAGCCGUCAUUGAAAGAGUUAUAUCUCUUAUUCAAACUUUAGGAAUGCAAAAUUUAGCUUUACGAGGCAGUUCUGAUAAAUUAUACGAGUUCGAUAAUGGGAAUUUUUUGAAGUUUAUUGAACUUCUGGGAAAAUUUGACCCUAUAAUAAAAGAGCAUAUUAGUAGAAUAACAUCUCAAGACAUACAUACUAAUUACCUCGGUAAAAAUAUUCAAAAUGAAAUAAUCCAACUUUUAGAUCACAAAAUAAGACAAAAAAUAAUAUCAGCAGUACAAAAUUCGAAAUACUAUUCUAUUAUUUUAGACUGUACACCUGACGUUAGUCAUAAAGAGCAAAUGACAAUGAUUAUAAGAUUCGUAACAGCUACCGAAAAGAAAGAUAAUGUCCCUGCAAAAGUUUCUAUAAAUGAACAUUUUUUAACAUUUAUCGAAUUACAUGAUACUACUGGUUUAAAUAUGACUAAUGUUUUACUUGAAACACUAAAAAAAUAUGGUAUUGUACUUGAUGACAUGAGGGGACAAGGAUAUGAUAACGGUGCCAAUAUGCGUGGUCAACAAAAUGGUGUCCAAGCAAGAGUUCGCCAACUUAACCGAAGAGCGUUCUAUGUACCAUGCAAUGCUCAUUCAUUAAAUUUAGUUUUAAAUGAUUCAGCAAAUUGUUGUCUGGAUGCGGUUAUAUUCUUUAAUAUAAUUCAAGAAGUCUAUGUUUUUUUCUCUGCAUCGACUCAUCGAUGGAAUGUCUUAUUAAAGCACAUAAAUAACCUAACUGUAAAACCCCUUAGUGGGACCCGCUGGGAAAGCAGAUUAGAUGCAGUACGAGCUAUACGAUUUCAAAUCAAAGAAAUAUAUUCAGCUCUUUUAGAAAUAUCUCAAGAUGAUUCGUUGGUAAAUCCUUCUGGUGUUAAAAGUCGCGCCGAAGCAAUUGGUAUCAUCAAUAAGUUUUUAAACUUUAAAUUUUUGUGUUGCUUGGUAGUUUGGUACGAUAUUUUAUUUGAGAUAAAUAUUACCAGUAAAAUGUUACAAUCAAUAUCGCUUGACGUUUCUGAAACAGUUAAACAGUUAGAUUCAACUAAACUUUUUUUAAUGAGAUAUCGUUCUGAUGAAGGGUUUGAAAAUACAUUGAAGUCUGCUAAACUACUAGCAAACGUUCUUGGAAUUGAAGAUUCAUUUCCAUUAAUAGAUCAAAGUAGAAUUAGACGUACAAAUACACAGUUUAAUUAUGAGUCACGUGAUGAUCCCAUAAUUGAUUCUAAACAAAGAUUCAAAGUAAACUUUUUCAAUGAAAUUUUAGAUAGAGCUGUACAAUCAAUUAACGAAAGAUUUGUAUUACUUUCUGAGCAUGCAAGCUUAUUUUCAUUCCUUUAUGACAUUUCCAAAAUAAAAAAUAGCGAUGAACUUAUGAAUCAUUGUAAAGAUCUUCAACUAGCACUUGCAUCAGAUAACGGCUUUACUUCUGAUAUUAAUGCAGUAGAAUUAUAUGAUGAAAUUACAGCUCUGCAAAGACGGUUCAAUGAUACAGAAACUAAUCCUCGAAUUGUUUUGGAAUAUAUUUGUGAAAAUCAAUUAGUUGAACUUUUUCCUAACACUUAUAUAUCGUUAAGAAUCCUUUUAACACUUCCUGUAACGGCUGCCACGGGGGAAAGAAGUUUUUCAAAAUUAAAAAUUAUUAAAAAUUAUUUACGAUCCACAAUGUCACAAGAUCGUUUAGUGGGCCUUGCAAUGAUUUCAAUAGAGAAAGAAUUAGUUUAUAAUAUGGAUAUGGAAGAAGUUGUAUCUGAUUUCGCUAACGCAAAAGCAAGAAAAGUUAAGUUCUAAUACGAUGUUAACAUUUAUAUAUUAUGUUUUUAUUAACUUGUAUAUUAUAAUAUAACUAUUUUUAAAUUGUUUUUUUUUUUUUGUUUAAAUUAGUA